AUGGCUCCCUCAUACCGCAUUGCUUCCAUCCCCGGUGAUGGGAUUGGUCCCGAGGUGGUCCGCGCCGCCAUUCAAGUAGUCGAGAAGCUGGCCAAGACACUCGGCACUUUCCAGAUAGAAUUCACACAUAUUCCAUGGGGAACGGCAUACUACAAGGAAACUGGGCGCUAUGUUUCUGAAGAUGCUCUUGAUACGCUUCGUAAAUUUGAUGCCGGAAUAUUCGGCGCCGUAGGCGCCCCAGAUGUGCCGGAUCAUAUCUCACUUUGGGGUCUUCUGCUCGCUAUCCGAGGCCCUCUGCAACUUUAUGCCAAUGUCCGACCAGUGAGAACAUUCCCAGGCACAAAAUGCCCACUUAAUACCGCAACUCAAGGCAUCGACUGGAUGCUCGUUCGUGAGAACUCCGAAGGAGAGUAUUCGGGCCAGGGAGGCCGUUCACACAUUGGCCAGCAGUGGGAAGCUGCAACAGAAGUCGCCAUGUUUACUCGGAUCGGCAUUGAGCGGAUUAUGCGUUUUGCCUUCGAGACCGCGCAGUCACGGCCCCGGAAGCUCCUCACAGUGGUUACUAAGAGCAAUUCUAUGCGGAAUGGCAUGGUCCUAUGGGAUGAAGUUGCCGCUUCCGUCGCGAAAGACUUCCCCGACGUCACUUGGGAUAAGAUGUUAGUGGACGCCAUGACCGUUCGCAUGGUAAUGAAACCGGAGUCCAUUGACACGAUUGUCGGCACCAACCUACAUAUGGACAUCUUGUCUGAUCUAGCCGCUGCAUUGGCCGGGUCCAUUGGAGUUGCCCCUUCAAGCAACUUAGACCCAACCCGCAAGAAUCCCUCCUUGUUCGAGCCGGUUCAUGGCAGUGCAUUUGACAUCACUGGCAAAGGAAUCGCAAAUCCUGUUGCUACUUUCUGGUCGGCCGCAGAAAUGCUCUCCUGGAUUGGAGAGAAGAAUGCAGCAGCUGCCCUGAUGCGUUGUGUGGAGAAUGUAUGUGCUAAAGGCAUUCUGACACCAGAUUUAGGGGGCACAUCGAACACGCAAGGAGUGACUGACGCCGUGUGCGCGGAAAUUGAAUCCAUCAACUUGGACUUCAGAUCUUGA